AUGAUCGGCUGUCGGCAGGGUCGGGUCGAUCGUGGCCGAGAGAUUUUUCGUUUGUUCGUCGGGUUCGGCCGGACGGAUGAUACUGGUCGAGGAUUCGGCCGGACGUGGGACGAGGCCUUCCUGAUCGGACGGAUGGGUCGUGCGUGUGGCACGGUUGUGCCGCACGGUCGUGAGGCGUUGCCCUCUUUCUCGCGCGGUGCGGUCGUGCGCGGCCUAUGGCGGGAUGGACGGAGUGUCCGGACGUUGGCCGAUCGUGGUACGGAUGUUCCUCGGUCGGCCGUUCCGCACGGUCUGGACGCCAAUUCUCGGUUUGAGCCGUCUGGACCAGUCUUCACUAAAUCGAUGAUAACUCCUUUUCUACUCAUCCAAAUGAUGUGA